CCUUCGCUUCUCACCCUCUUCAUUCUCUUCUCAGAGAACACCAACAAACACCUUCUCUGCAUCAAUGGCUUUUCCUUCUUCACUUUCUCUCUUCCUCUUCUUCCUCUCCUCUCUCCUCAGCCCAUCAACCCUCAUUUCCUCUUCACCAGUUCCAGACCCUGAACGUGUCGUUGAAGAAGUUCACAGGAGCAUCAAUGCCUCCAUUGCUAGGAGGGAAUUGGGUUAUCUUUCUUGUGGGUCAGGGAACCCCAUUGAUGAUUGCUGGAGGUGUGAUCCGAAUUGGGAUAAGAAUCGUCAGCGUUUGGCUGAUUGUGCAAUUGGAUUUGGUAAAAAUGCAAUUGGAGGCAGAGAUGGGAAGAUUUAUGUGGUCACUGAUUCUGGCGACUAUGAUGUUGUAAACCCAAAGCCUGGUACUUUACGACACGCGGUUAUCCAAGAUGAGCCAUUGUGGAUUAUCUUUGCUAGAGAUAUGGUGAUCAAGUUGAAAGAGGAGCUGAUCAUGAACUCUUUCAAAACCAUUGAUGGAAGAGGAGCUAGUGUGCACAUUGCUGGUGGGCCAUGUAUCACUGUACAGUUUGUGACUAACAUUAUCAUACAUGGGAUUAAUAUUCAUGACUGUAAACAAGGAGGUAAUACUUAUGUCAGGGACUCCCCAGGGCACUAUGGGUGGAGGACCAUAUCAGACGGUGAUGGGGUAUCCAUCUUUGGUGGAAGUCAUGUUUGGGUGGACCAUUGUUCUCUAUCAAAUUGUCAUGACGGUUUGGUUGAUGCAAUUCAUGGAUCCACAGCUAUUACCAUCUCUAACAAUUACAUGACACAUCAUGAUAAGGUCAUGUUGUUGGGUCACAGUGAUACUUACACACAAGAUAAAAACAUGCAGGUCACUAUUGCUUUCAACCAUUUUGGAGAAGGCUUAGUUCAAAGAAUGCCAAGGUGUAGGCAUGGGUAUUUCCAUGUGGUGAACAACGACUACACUCAUUGGGAGAUGUAUGCCAUUGGAGGAAGUGCAGACCCAACCAUCAAUAGCCAAGGAAAUAGAUUUGCUGCCCCUAAUGACAGAUUCAGCAAAGAGGUGACCAAGCAUGAAGAUGCACCAGAAAGUGAAUGGAAGAAUUGGAAUUGGAGGUCAGAAGGAGACUUGAUGGUAAAUGGUGCAUUUUUCACAGCCUCUGGUGCUGGAGCUUCCUCAAGCUAUGCCAAAGCUUCAAGCUUGGGAGCAAGACCAUCUUCACUUGUCGGUACGAUAACGAUGGGAGCAGGUUCACUUAGUUGCAGAAAAGGAUCUCGUUGCUGAUUGUGACAGAUUGAAAAAAAAAAUAGAAAAAAAAAAAAAGCAUUUCUCGCAAGUCAUUUUUAGUAAAAAUAUAUAUAUUUAUUAUAGUUGAAGGUGAAAAAAAAAAAAAAAAAAAAGAGUUAAAUGAGGAAAGAUAGAAAAAAGCAUAAAAGAAAAGGUCAUCUCAAGUGAGAAUUUACCUUUUCUUGGCUUUUUCUUUCCCUCCCUUUUUUUUUCCCCUUCCACCCAAUUUUAAUAUUUUCUACUUUUUUUUUGUUUUUUUUUGGUUUUUACUCAAUGUCAUGAUUACGACCUCUGCCUGUUAAGUCUCUGUUAAAAACCCAUUUAAGGGAUUCUUUUGUAGAAUCAUGAAGGGUUAAGAGAAAGCAAAUGCAGAAGUGUUGAUUACACUAAAUUAUCUGUUUAAAUUUGUAAUGCUCUUUUUUUUUAAUGAUCUAUCAUUUCUCUCUCAA